AUGCCGCCCUUGAUUGCUCGUCGCUCGACCUUAUCCCGACGACCUUCCUUGCCCACCUCGAUGCUGCCCACGCUCCCACGUUCCCUCGUAGGCCACUCCGAGUCGUUCCCCGCUUCCAAGCUGCUAUCGCUCGUCGCGCACCUCCGACUGUUGUACGCUACACCUCCGCCUCCGAUCACUCGCUCAGCUCGAACGACGACCGAUUCAGGCUAUGCCUCACCGGCCUCACCCACCACCGCUUCGUCCGAACACUCGCACUCGCACUCGCAUGCUCACGCCCACGCCGCCCACGCCGCCCACGCCGCCCACGCCGCCCACGCCUGCGACUCGGACCUCUCGGACGACGAAGACGUCGAUGAUCUAGGCAAAGAUGAUCAACUUGAACGCGGGUACGCGCGCUCGUUCCUUUCGAGCUUGAUCAAGAAGAGCGACGACUGGAUUCGCGAGGCCGCAGUCCAAGGUGACGAGGAGGAAAAAUCGGCGAGAUGCAAAGUCAUUGAUGAGGCCGCCGCUUUGGUCGCUUACCUUGCCGAGACGUCAGGUUCGUAUGUUAGUGGGAACUCGAUCGCGUGGAAAUUCGUUCGAAUGCUGACCCUAUGGCCCACCCAACAGCUUCGGGCUCGAUCCUCCGAGCCGUUCUACUCCCGACGAGCGCCCCCGACUCCCCUUCCCCCUAUGAGCCCCUAACAAUAACCCUCAACGACGCCCUCCCCUCCUCCCUCGACCCCACUUCGGUAGGCCUCCAAUCCUGGGGCUCCUCCAUACUCCUAGCCCGAAUGAUAGCGUUGAACCCAACGUCCUUCGGUAUCGCCCGAGGCGAAAACGAACGUACGCUCGAACUCGGCGCGGGCACGGGUUUACUCUCGCUGGUUUGGAAAGGUAUGAGUGAGCGAUUGGAUGUCGUUGGGGAGGAGGUGAUUGCGACGGAUUAUCAUGAGGCGGUUUUGGAGAAUUUGAGGAGGUGAGUGACGGGCAUGAUCGUCAUUUUCGAGGGGAAAACUAUCUAACAUCCUCUUUUUCGAUCCCUCGCCUCAGGAACGUCGCCUCCAACACCGCCGCCAUCUCCCCUUCAAGUUCCCCUCUCAACUCCCCCCUUGUUCGACCCUCGGACUCGCACCCCGGAUCGCCCCUCCUAUCCCCCACACCAAAUUUCCCUUCCACCGUCCCCGUCGUAACAGCCUACAAACUCGACUGGUCCGCCGUACACUCGUCCCUGCUGUUCUCCUCCACCACCAAUUCCCCCCUGCACCUCCCCCCACCCUUCGACCGACCAUUCCACACCCUUCUAGCAGCGGACGUGAUUUACGGACCCGAGCAUGCGCUGUGGCUCAAGUCUUGCGUACAACAAUUCCUCAUUCGACCGAAUCAGUAUACGCCGAAACCGAGGAAAAGAAGGGUCGUGCAGACUCCAACUCCCUUCAGUCUCGAUAGCGUCAAAGAGGCCCUCGUCGACGUCGAGCUCGACAGUGUACGAACGACCGUACCCACCCCAACUUCGGACCCUCAAUUUUCGUCCACCUCUAUCCCCUCCCCAGCCUUCCACCUGAUCGUCCCCCUCCGUCCCCAUCACGCCAAAGCCAUCUCCUCCAUAGCGACCGUAUUCCCUCUCGCCUCUUCCCUCCCACCUCGCACCUCCCCCGAUGAUCCUUACCGCGUAGCCAUCAAGAGAAUGACAGAGUUGCAAAGGGUGAAAGGUGUCGGAAGGGCGGAUGAGGAAAGUUAUCGAUUGUACGAGAUUGGUUGGUGCUAA